AUGGCACCACAACCAAGCGGCAACGAGAACACACGCCUGCUCUCCUCGUCUCCCACCCCGCCGCCCGUCGACCGUUCCACGCGGCCCAUCACUGGCACAGAAACUGGCAGCAGCGCGAGCGUCUGGACGGUGCUUGAGCUGGUCCACGGUGUGGGCGAGCAGCUCCGCGGGACACUCCUCGGCGUGGUCGACGAUGUCACGCGUAGUGGUGAGCGGAAGCACCACGACAUCGCGCGGGCGGGCCAGGCGGAGAUGGCUGGCGCUGCAAGGAAGCUCGGGAUAUGGCCGUGGGGUGGAAGCGGGAGCGGGAGCGGGUCUGGUACGGUGACGUCGUAUACGGCCGGGCCCGCGGGUGGGUAUGGCACAGCGCCAACAUCGGGGCUGGAUGGAAAGCCUUGA